UUCUGUGCGUCUUCCCACUCCUAUAUAAGGAGCCAGUGUGCAUGCAGUCAUAUAUAUGUAUUGAGCUACUUAAAAACUGUAAGGAAGUACAAAUAAGAGGAGAGGAGAAAGAAUGGAGAGCAGAAGCCUUGUGUUAGGGGCUUCUUUCAUGGCAUUGUGUAUCUUGGUUGGCCAAGCCUUAGCAGAUACCAAGAACCAGACAGCACCGAAGAUUCCGGCGGUCAUCGUGUUCGGAGACUCGAUCGUAGAUCCGGGCAAUAACAACGAUCUGGAAACCCUCAUCAAGUGCAACUUCCCUCCCUACGGACAGGACUUCAUCAAUCACCAGGCCACCGGAAGGUUCUCCAAUGGAAGAAUCCCUUCAGACUUAAUAGCCUCCAAGUUGGGUGUGAAGGAAUUGGUGCCCCCCUAUAUUGGUUAUGACCUUAAACCCGAAGACAUCCUAACCGGUGUGAGCUUCGCUUCUGGCGCAACAGGAUACGACCCUCUCACCCCGGCCAUUUUGAACGUUAUACCAAUGACAGAUGAGCUCAAGCUGUUUGGGGAGUAUAAAGAGAGGCUGAAGGCAAUAGCUGGGGAAGAAAGAGCCGCAAGCAUCGUGUCCAACAGUCUAUAUAUUGUGUGUUCUGGAACUGAUGAUAUCGCCAAUACUUACUACACAACCCCAUUUAGAAUCCUGGAAUAUGACAUUCGUUCCUAUGUGGACUUGUUGAUACGUGGGGCUUCUAGUUUCCUCGAGGAACUAAUCCACAUGGGUGCCCAGAAGAUUGUAUUUGUGGGUCUUCCCCCCAUAGGGUGCGUGCCAUCACAAAGAACUCUUGGAGGAGGAAUCCAAAGAAAUUGCGAACCAAAGCGCAACCAAGCAGCACAGUUGUUCAAUUCCAAGAUACAAAAGGAGAUCGACACACUUAAUAAAGAACAUAAGGGCAUAAUGGUUGCCUAUGUUGACAUCUACUCUAUGUUAAUUGAUCUUAUUUUCCACCCCUCAAAAUACGGAUUUGAGGUAUCAAACAGGGGAUGUUGUGGUACCGGAGAAAUUGAGGUUACUCUUCUGUGCAAUAAGGUGACAGCUUCCGUCUGUCCAGAUGUUACGAAGUACGUUUUCUGGGACAGUUACCACCCAACUGAGAGAGCCUACAAGAUCAUGGUUGAAAAAAUUUACCAAGAAACCAUACGACUCCUGGGGUAAGGAUAUAAUUUUCUUGUCUUCGGGUCGCUGAUGCUAUUCACUUCAUGGACAAGCUUUAUUAAGUGCCUACAAUGUAUUCUUUGAGUAAGUAAUUAACUUCCAUGUCGCAUGUUAAGAGUGUUGAAGCAAUCUAGUCGUGUAAACCUUAUUUAAUUUAGCGUUGCUCCUGAAUAAUAAACAUCAUUUUCUUCAAAGUUA